AUGAAACCAAAAAAAACCUUUGAUUUAUAGAGAGUAACAGAAUUAGGUGAAAACAUCUUAAAAGCUCAAAAAUUGAUUAAUUAAAACAAACAUAUUUAAGAAAUGAAAUCGAUAUCAACAAUCCAAAAUAUCUAGUUGAUAGCUUACAAAAUAAAAAGACAAUGAGUAAAUUAAAUAAGAAGAGUUAAUACACUAUAGAAAAUUAUGUAAUUAGCUUUCUCGAAGAAUUCGAAUCAUUAUGGCUUAUAAUGAAAAAGCAAUUGAAAAAAAGAUUAUCUAAAAUGAUUUACAAGAAGAAACCUUUGAAUGCUUAUGUGGUAAUAAUUAAAUUGACACAAUCAAUUAAUGAAAACUAGAAAUAAUCAUUAUAGAUACAUUAAUUAUAAGAAUAGGUUUAGGAAGUAUAAGAAGAAUAUACAAAAUUUAAUAAGAUAUAAUAACAGUAGAUAAACUAAUAUCAAUUUUAGUGAUUAUAUUAAAUAAUUGAUUGAUUAGCAUUCAGAAGAGAAAUCUCAAUUACUAAAUUAAAUAGAAGAGUUAAAAUUACAAUAAAAAUUAGUAUAAGAAUCAUUUUUUUAAACAACUCUAUUUGUUGAUUUGGUCCAAUAAAAUAAUUAUCUAACUUUUACAUUAUUUAAUGUUGAAGAUUAACUUGUAUAAGUACAUAGUAGUAUUAAUUUAAAAAGGGUUAAUUAAUGAAUAAUGAAUAAUAAGAAAAGUUUUAAAUAUAAAUAUAGCAGUUAUAAUCAGAAUGUGAAUAGAAAGUUAAAGAUCUCAUGAUAUAAUAAGAGAUUAUCAAAAUUGAAAUCAAAUAAACGGAUGAUUAAAUACAAAAUAAAUAAGUAGAACAAUUAUAAUCAUAAAUGGAAAACUUUUCUAAAGUUAUAGAAGAAUUGAAAAUAGAAUUACAAUAAUGUAGAGAUAGAAAUAUAGAUAUUAAUAAUAAUUUAUUAGAUGCAAUCAAUUAAAAAUAAUCCUUAUUAAGUUAAAAUAAUGAAUUGAAGUAAACUUUGAGUGUUUAUAAAAUAAUGUUAACAGAAGAGAAGAUUGAAUAAGUGACUCUAAGAUAUGAAAACCAUAAAUAAAUUUUAUUUUAAAUAGAAUAAGAAAGUCAAAAGUUUAUAAUAAUUAUUGGAUAACAAGAUUAUUGA